UCAUUCCUAUCCUAUAUAUUCUUCGCAGUCGUUAGCCAGCCUUCCUCUUUAGGUUUCAGACUUUCAGUAUUCUCCUCUACUCUCAACGGUAGCAUUUCAUUUCUUCGUAAACCCUUCUUCGUUGCUUUUCGGGGAACGUCGUCGGACCUAUGGCGUCUCAAUCCGCCAAUUUAUGGGUCCUUUUGGGAUUGGGCUUGGCUGGAAUCCUGCUAAUGACGAGGAAGUUCAAGAAGGUCAUCAAAGAGGACUUUGGCGCUUUUGUCGAAAAGUUUCUUCUUGUUCCUCCGCCGCAGCCUGCUCCCCCUAUAGCCCCUCACCCACUUACCGGCCUCACUUUCGCCGUUUCUGAUGUGUUUGACAUAAAUGGAUAUGUUACCUCAUUUGGCCAUCCAGACUGGGCAAGAACGCAUGGACCCGCUUCUCAGACAUCUGCUGCAGUUUCUUCUCUUGUUGAAGGAGGUGCAACCUGCAUUGGGAGAACCGUAGUAGAUGAACUAGCAUUUGGUAUCAGUGGUGAAAACAAGCAUUUUGGAACACCAACCAAUCCCGCUGUACAUGCUCGAGUACCAGGUGGCUCCUGUGGUGGUGCUGCUGUGGCUGUUGCUGCUGAUUUGGUUGAAUUUUCUCUAGGUAUCGAUACUGUUGGAGGGGUAAGAGUACCAGCUGGAUUUUGUGGUGUUCUAGGAUUUAGACCUUCGUAUGGGGCUGUUUCUCAUAUGGGAAUUAUUCCUGUUUCAACAAGCCUGGACACUGUUGGUUGGUUUGCGAAAGAUCCUAAAGUUUUGAACCGCAUUGGCCAUAUACUGUUGCCAGCAUCAUUUGUUAUUCCUCGCCAUCCUCGACAGAUUAUAAUAGCAGAUGAUUGUUUUCAACAUAUAAAUGUUCCUUUGGAUAAGAGUUCUCAGGUGGUGAUUAAAUCCGCAGAGAAACUUUUUGGAAGGCAAGUACUAAAGCAUAUGAAUCUUGCGGACUACAUAAGUUCCAAAGUUCCCAGCUUGAAAGCGGCAGCCAGCCAGCAUGUAAAUGGUGAACUGAAAGAUUCUUCACUGAAAUUACUUGCCAAUGUUAUGCAGUUUCUUCAGAGACAUGAAUUUAGACUCAAGCAUAAGGACUGGAUGAACGCAGAAAAGCCUACGUUGCAUCCUGCUAUCUCAGCUCAGUUGCAAGAGAAGUUUGAGGUAUCAGAUGCAGAUGUUGAAAAGUGGAAAUCCGUCAGAGAUGAGAUGCGUAUUGCUGUUAAUACUCUUCUGAAGGAUGAAGGAGUUUUGGUGAUCCCCACAGUAGCUGAUUUUCCUCCAAAAUUGGGUGGGAAGGAGAUCCUGUCAGAGGACUAUCAAUCUCGGGCAUUUAGUUUGUUGAGUAUUGCUAGCGUAUCAGGUUGCUGUCAGGUCUCCAUUCCAAUGGGAAUUCAUGACAAGUGUCCUCUAUCGGUGUCCUUGAUAGCUCGACAUGGUGGUGAUCGCUUUUUGCUGGAUACAGUACAGGCCAUGUACACAACACUCCAAGAGCAGGCUGAGAUUGCCGCUAAACCUAAAUCAUCGAGAAAUGUUGUCACUCAGGAACAAUCUGCUGAAAUUGCAAAGGAGAAGGGAAAUCAAGCAUUCAAAGAUAAGCAGUGGCAGAGAGCCAUUGGGUUCUAUACAGAAGCUAUCAAACUCAGUGGGAAUAAUGCAACUUAUUACAGCAACAGGGCUGCAGCAUAUCUUGAACUUGGGAGCUUCAUUCAAGCCGAGGCAGAUUGUACAAAAGCAAUUCAGCUUGAUAAAAAGAAUGUCAAAGCCUAUUUCCGAAGAGGGACAGCAAGAGAGAUGCUAGGCUACUACAAGGAGGCAGUUGAUGAUUUUAAAUAUGUUCUUGUACUUGAGCCAACAAACAAAAGGGCAGCUUCCUCUCUUGAAAAAUUGAAGGCACUAUUCUAAUAGGGUGCCUGAAUAUGAACAAGACUGAGGGCUCAGUUGAUUGGUUUUUACCCACACGCUCCCGACAAUGGUGAUCCAGAUGCUAUUGGGGGAAAUCAAAUUGCGUUUCUAGUUGUAGUCAUACAGGAGUAAUGUAGAAUGUGGUUUCUGCAGAAGAAAAAGAUAUGUAUGAUUUUUUGUCCUUUCUGGCAAGACAAUUAAGAGACAUGGAAACCAUUUAGUGUUCAUUCUCAUUUCUCAGCAUUUGUAUUUUGUAUCAGGUUCUAUUACACUAGUAAUCCUCGUUUGCCAGGAGGUGGUCCAAUUUUGCUUCUUAGGAUAGAUUCGGAUUGUAAUAUAGCAGUCAAGUGAGGCAUAGUGCUCCUUGGUAUCCAAUUAUGCAAUACUCUUGCAAUAAUUUGCUCUGAUCAGUGCUCAGUUUUGCCCAACCAAAGUGCUU